AUGUCGCAGAGUGUGUCGAAAACGAAAACCGUACUGUAUCAACCAACAAUGUCUGAAGAUGCUCGAGGCGAUGACAGUGUACCUCGGUAUCCUCGCUGUGCAAGAUGUCGGAAUCAUGGCGUAGAAUCAAUUUUGAAAGGACAUAAGCGAUUCUGUCAAUGGAAAGACUGCUCCUGUUCAAAAUGCAGCUUAAUAAUUGAGCGACAGCGCCUGAUGGCGGCGCAAGUGGCGCUAAAACGGGAGGAGGACGAGGCAACACCGCCAGCGCCCACGGUGGUAGGCCAGUUUCGGAACACUGCUGUCAGCGUGGACCCCGGCUGUGUAAUGUACAGGUCAGAAGCGACGGGUUCGAAUGAGGCAUUACCGAGUAUCAUAUGUUCAGCAACUGUACAGUUCGAUGCAAACAAUAACACAGCUUUGAGUGAUGUUGAUCCAGCUAUAACUGAGGAGGCGAGAAUCACCAAACACUCUUCGCUUUCAUCGGCGCCAGGUGAGAAAAAAAUCGGUUACACUUUUUUUUUAUAUACAAAAUGUGUUCGCUCAUUUAAAAAAAGAGAACUUCGAAUCGCUGUAAAGUUGUUUAGCUUCGUGUAUAUCACAACCGCUGAGAAGAUACAAGACAAUAUUUAGAAGACAAGAAAGUGUUCCUUUUGUGGGUGACCUUGACCAUUAUUUUGAUAAAACUGUUUGAUUGGUCAGGAGAAGUCGACGCUUUACGCUGAAUAAAAGCAAAACAUUCGCCUUCUGAUAAGGACUUUUGAUCAACAGAAAGACUCCAUGGUAAUUUUUAUAAUUGCAUCUUUUGGAAUAGAGGUCUGUACUGUAUUUCCCUACGGUUGGUUUGGUAGUUACGAGUGCUUUUUUUUUUCUUUACUCUCAGUGGCCAUUCAUAUCGAAAAUUCCUGGCAUCGGUACAAGUUUAGUUUGCUUUCCUUCCCUGAGCCAAUUUAAAAAUAUUUUACGGUGUCACGUUUGUCAAAAGCAUAUCUUAUGCACUCUCUUUUAUGAGCCGAAUGCAAUUAAAUAACAGAGAAACGAUUUCCGGUCGAUUGAUAAGAGCACAAAAUUGAAAACUAUCACUACCUUCGAGAGUAAAAGCUUGUCAAAAAAUUUCACGAAGAUUUGAGACAAUUUGAGUUUCAGUGGAAGGUAAAUAAACAUAUUUCGAUUUUAAUUAGGAACGCUUUUACAAGUUUCUUCUUAAGUUGUCGAAUUUUACAAGACAGUGUAAAUGUCGGGCGGGAGAAAAGAUUGAUAACAGACAUCACUUUGCAGCUGUCCGGACCAAAUAUUAGAGUCUUUUAAUGAAAAAGCUCGCUCAAACCCUGGAUCAAAGCCCCAAGAUUAAUUACGGAAACAGAGACAACAUCUUCUUCUGUCUUCUUUUUCUUCAAGUCUUUGAACUGUUUUCCCAGAUUUCAGCUAUCACUUCCGGUUUGUCGAUGAAUGUUUGUAUCUCAUUCCUAACUGAACGCCUUCAAUUCCCCCAGUCUUCAGAAAUAGUUUAUCACGCAUUUACACGGAGAAAACUGUGUGCUCGUGGUGCGGCCAUUUCUUUCCUUCAUUAAUUUUGUUUCUAGCGAGAAUAGUAGAUGAUAUAAAAUUCUUUUUUUUUCGGUUGUAGGCCUAAAGCGUAAGUUCUCGGAAAUGGAAUCCUCGUAUCCCUCCCCCCCUGAGGCAGGAGAUGACAGUGUAUUUUAUGACAGUGAUGACACAAACGGCGAAACAAAUGAUUACAUCCGGGAAUACAAAGAGCCAGCCAAUCACCCUACAGAACGAGCUUUGACUCAUACGGAUGACAGCACCAAUGAGAAUCUGAGGAGUCCUGGAAACCAGAAUCAAAGCUAUCAAGGAAGACUGCAUCCGCUAGAGCUCCUUACCAGACUCUUCCCAACUCAGAAGCGGAGUGUGCUGGAGCUCAUUUGGAAAGGUUGUCAUGGAGACGUAUUGAGAGCAAUAGAAUGUGUACUUCCGAGUCAUGAAAAAGCAAUGGCUUCUCUUAACGCACCUGAAAAUCCUGUGAUGCACUACACUGCAGGAAUGCAUCCAGGCUUUAUUACUCGCCAAACCCGACCUCCUUACCAAGGCCCUGUGGGACCUGCACCCGCACGCUAUCAUGUCUAUGGUUCGGCACCAGGAUUCUCAUACCCCAUGGUCGAGUAUCUACAUCAUCAAAAGCGCAGCCUGGGACAAAACUGUACAGUAAAUGACAAUGAGCUUGCAUAUAGUAUGGUUCAGGGUAGUGAACAAACCAAUAUUGUGGGAAAAGUUUGUCCGGAAUGUUCAACUAAGUGUCAGCCGAGCAGUAACUUUUGCAGUUCGUGUGGCAAGUGUUUUAAAGAGACAUAG